GAGGGCUUGAAAUUCAAUGCGGAAGUGCUGACAGGACUAGGGAAGCAGACCCUUCGGGGAGUAAAACCAGCAUUUAGGAGUCGUGUGACAUAUUUUAUAGAUAAUUUGAAGUAGCACUUAUUUAGCAUUUAUUCAAAAUCAUCAUGAUUUUGUUGGAAAUAAAUAAUCGGAUCAUAGAGGAGACGCUAACUCUUAAAUUUGAGAGCGCAUCCAACGGGAACAAGCCAGAAGCAGUAGAAGUCACGUUUGCUGAUUUUGAUGGUGUGCUCUACCACAUCUCAAACCCGAAUGGCGACAAGACCAAGGUGCUGGUCAGCAUCUCCCUCAAGUUCUACAAGGAGCUUCAGGAACAUGGUGCUGAUGAGCUGCUGAAGAGAAUUUACGGAAAUCUCUUGGUGCCAGCAGAAGAUGGGUACAACGUAUCUCUGCUUUUUGACCUGGAAGCAAUACCAGCCAACAGGGAGGACGUUGUCCACCAGGCAGGCAUGCUGAAGAGAAACUGCUUCGCGUCCGUGUUUGAGAAGUACUUUGCGUUUCAGGAGGAGGGUCGCGAGGGCGAGCAGAGGGCCGUCGUCCACUACAGAGAUGACGAGACCAUGUACGUGGAGGCGAAGAAGGACCGCGUGACUGUGGUUUUCAGCACGGUCUUUAAGGAUGACGACGACGUCAUCAUAGGCAAAGUAUUUAUGCAGGAGUUUAAAGAAGGCCGGCGUGCCAGUCACACAGCCCCUCAGGUGUUAUUCAGUCACCGUGAGCCUCCCUUGGAGCUGAAGGACACCGAUGCAGCCGUAGGAGACAACAUCGGCUACAUCACCUUCGUUCUGUUUCCUCGCCAUACCAACGCCAACACCAGAGAAAACACCAUCAACCUGAUCCACACCUUUCGAGACUACCUGCACUAUCACAUAAAGUGCUCCAAGGCCUACAUUCACACUCGCAUGAGAGCCAAGACCUCCGACUUCUUGAAGGUCCUGAAUCGUGCUCGUCCUGAUGCCGAGAAGAAGGAGAUGAAGACAAUCUCGGGCAAGACCUUCACUCGCUAAGCUGGCUCACUGACUGAGCCCGCAUACAGGACCUUGUUGAGCCCAGCCAGCGCUGCCUGGGUGCUUGGCGAUCUAUGAUUCCCGUAGUCUGGGUAGUGCUCCUACAAGACCUCUGCGAACCUGUGGGGGGAACCGAGACAUCCCAGCGCUUUGCGAAUUUAGGAUAAGAAUUCUAUUCCUCCCAUGAGACGAAGAAGUGUGUGUUUACCAUUUUUGAUACGUCUCCCUUUGGACAUUCGGUACUUUUGCCUUGCCUCUUAGCUCACAUGUUGUGAGAAGCUUUCAUGCAGUAAUCCCUUUCGUAUCCCCUUUCCUGUCUGUGUCAUGCCAGGUCACAUGUCAAUAAAGUCUUCUAGAAAAGACA